CGCGCAGAGGCAUAGGACAUUUCACGAAUGGGAGGUGACAAGAAAUAUGGGCCAAUCAACGAGCAGUUCUGAAGUUCUCUUGCCCCUGUUGUUAUAGUGACGAGAGGUAAACAAGCGAGGCCUGUGAGCACCUGAGAGGGUCUGCGUUUACUUUUAAUGAUAUAUUUGAGAAAAUAACCUGUAUGGAGAGUUUUGUUUUCAAAGUGGAAAAAAAGCAGCAACAUCUGAGUCUGAAUAGACUAGAGUCAGCUGGACAUUAACUGAAAAUGCUGUAGCUAAGGAAACCUAAUGAUUAACGGUUAGCUAGCCACUGAAAUUGGGCAACGUUAAGAUUAGGCUGAAUUGUUGUAAUGUAGCAAAUAGCGGCAAUAGCGUUGUAAUAUGACCCAGCUCCUGUAAAGUCUUUUUUUUUCCUGAUCUCAGUUGCUAUUUUGUAUUGCCUCUGAGUGGACCAGAGAUCAGGGGCACGUUUUUACUGAACCUAGCUUACGUUAGUGACGUUAUCUGAUACCAGAUAUCUUAAUUCUAGAUUUUUUUUAAUUUUUUUUUGGCUCUAUAUGGAAACGUACGAGAGUAUACUGUCCCUCGGCAGAGGUGCAACAGCUGUUGUAUUUCUUAUGAAGCAUGCCGCAACAAGCAAACUGUAUGCUGUGAAGAGAAUAGGUAUCGAGAGUUCGCAUAAAGCUCGGACCAAAGAGGCUGUUCUGCAAGAAGCCGAGAUACUGAAGAAACUUAAGCAUCCCCACGUUGUCACAUGGAACGACACUGUUUUUGAUUCCACGAACCAGUUGAUUUACAUUGUGAUGGAUUACUGUGAUGGCGGCACGCUGGAGGAGCAAAUUCAAACACGUAAACCAAAGGACUAUUUCGCAGAGGAGAGAGUCAUGGAAUGGUUUGUCCAGGUCACCAUGGCUGUCAGCUUUAUACACUCAGCGAAAGUUCUACACAGAGACAUCAAGACUUCCAAUGUCCUUUUAACUAAAAAGGGAAUUCUAAAGGUUGGUGAUUUUGGAAUUUCAAAGAUGAUGAGCAAUACAUUGGACUUAGCUUGUACAUGUGUAGGCACACCCAGGUACUUGAGUCCUGAGCUUUGCCGUGAUGUCCCAUACAGCUCUAAGUCUGACAUAUGGGGACUUGGCUGCUUACUUUAUGAGAUAUGUGCUCUCCGGUGCCCUUUUGAUGCAACAAACCUCUUGAGUUUGUUCUACAAGAUCAUCAAAGGCGAGUAUGAACCUGUAUCAGAUUGUUACUCCAAAGCUCUCCAUACACUCAUCAAGACCAUGUUAAAUGACGUGCCUGAAAACAGACCAAGUGCUAAUAGCAUACUGAACACUGCCUAUGUUCAAGAGCACUUAAGUCAUUUUGUCCAGCACCGGGAAACUGAGCUAAGUAAGAUGUGCACUGACUGCCCAGCCCCGCCCAAAGAGGACGCUGACGGUGAGCGUCAGUGUUCUGGGAAACAGGGCAUUGCGGUAGCCAGCGUGGAGGAUGUUGAUGGUAAUGCUAAAGCAGCUGGACCACUGGUCUCCACACUAGAGGAGGAGGAUGAGGAUGGACAUGAAACUGACAAGGACGAAGAGUACAUAGGCUCAGACUACUCAGAGGACUUUGACGAUCAAGAAAGUUUGUCCUCCACUGAGGACAGCUUGGACAAAAUGGAGUCCCAUUCCCAUAAUUCAACAGUUGAGGAUGCCCUCAAUGAGUCAUGUGGUGCAGCGGGUGACACUGACCUCACUGACUACCCAGAUGACUUUGAAGAGGUAGAGGAAGACGAUUUGAUGGAUGUUGUCAGUAAUGCCAAAGUUGCCAUGGAGAUGUCAGUGGAGGAUGAUGACUUUGGGGAGGAGGUGCACCUGAAAGAUGCUGGUGGUCUGUCUGUCACCAUGAAAGUCCUGAGAGAGAGGUACCUAGAGGAUGUGGGGCCGUCCCUUUACAGGGAGAUCAGUGGGCACUUUGUGAACGGGUUCACUCCAAAGGACUUGCAGCCACAGUUUGAGCAUAUGCUGGGGACCGAUCACCUUGAAACAUGUUACCUCAUAUUUAACAUAGACCAAGAGCCUACAUGAGUCCAGCUCCUUUUUGGCACUGUUCCCACCUACAUCUUCUAAAAUGAACAGGUCUAGGUCAACAAACUAAUACAUGUAGAUAGUGAUUGAGGAUUUGUAUUUGCGUUGUUUGCCAUCACCUAUUUAAUCAUGGUGUCAAAUUAUAUUGUUAAUUAUGUAAAUAAUCUGUCAGUUCUGUCACGCAUAUCUCCAAAGCAUUUCCACAUAUAGCCUGUAGGUGUCACCCUAUUGCCAUGUUAUGAAAUUGUGAUUUUGCAAGAAAGGGCACGGUGAUCUGAUUUGUGCUUCUCUUUUGGUUGUGGAUGUGAAAUAGACAUGUUAACUAGCCACAGGUGAGUUCAAAAUUAUAUUGAGAUCUCUGCUUGCCGUGCCACUAACAUCUUGAUAAUAUUUAAUCAUGUAAAAAGGAGUAAUCUGUUUCUUGCAUGUGUGAUUUCAUUCAUUUAAUUAAUUAAAUUGGCACUGUAUUCUCAAUUCACAGUCAGCCCCUUUCACAUGGUUUAAAGAGGCUAAUGUCUCCCUGUUGAAAUGAAAUGGGAUGUGAAACCUAGUCCUGCUGUGUUAAUUGAUGGCUUACAGCUGCAUAUAUAGUCCAUAUUUACGAUCUCACCACCUUAAUGGCUUUGCAUAAUCUCUAAAUGGAAUUCAUUCUCAGUCACUCAUCAAACUGUCAAACAUUGCUCUGUGGGUUCUUACCAUGCAAGAAUGCUUGCAAUUUGGCUCUUGGGAGAGGUCAACCUUGUUAAUGGCCUUUUGUCCCUUUGAGCUGCCUGGACAAGACCUUUGAACUGUUCUAAUCUACAUCACCAGGGAAAUAUUUCAUGGCACCAUACAGUACCAGCCAGCUGUUUUGCUGAGUCAGAAUUACAUUACAUUUCACAAGUGGAGGCAGUGUGUCCUGUGGCAGCGCUGUCAAACUAGAGAUGUAUUUCCACAAGAAAAUGUGAAUGAGAUGCAGCAGCAGUCGGCCAUUGCAUACCUAUGCAAUUACGUGGAUACUAACACUUCACGCUAUGAAAGGAAGGUUUGACUUGCCUUCCACCAGUUGGAUGAGCAAUAAACGUUAUCUAAAAAGAUGCAGGGUGGUGCUUCUCUAACACCAAAUACCCACUGACACUGUAGCACACAUAGGCAGACAAAACACACUGCUAUUCAAUUAUUAAUCAGUCAGAGUUCAAAAUGAGUUGAUGGUCUCAAUUCAUUGUGUGCAAUGCACCUUAUCGAGAUCUGUGAAGAACCUGACCACUUCGUUGGCACUUAAGACUCUUGUCAUUAGUACCUCGGUGGUGGAACCACCUACAUAGUCCUAUCCAAUCAAGUGACAGCCAUAGUACAUUCACAGAGUAUCACAAAGCAUUUACAGACUCACCUCUUUAGAACUCAUCUGUCUAAUGUAUUUGUUACCAAAAUUUGCCCCAAAAUGUAUACAUUUUUAUAGUUAUUGUUAUUUUAACUAUGCCCUGAUAUACAAUACUUUUGCAAGCAUUUUGUUGUUUUGUUCAUAAUGCUUGUUGUUCAUAUAGUUGUUGUUUUUUUCUUUUUCGAAUGUGUUUUGUCGGUCACUUUGGACAAAAGCAUCAGCUAAAUACCAUGAUCAUUUUCAUCCUUUGGUUAUCAACAGCACAGCUGAUAAAAGUUUAAUAAUAUAUGCAUUUUAUGAAGGUUUUGAAGACUAUUUGUUGGUGUAUUCUUGUAGAUUUUGUUAAACACACACUAUGUGUGUGCAUGUGUGUAUUCUGUAGAUAGAUGAUGGCAGCCAUAUUAUUACAGGGCAACAGUGUGCCAUUUGAAUAGAGUUGACAUGUUAGUGGACUAACAUUAUUUUAAUAAACAGCGUCGGAAAUUUCAAAA